AUGGGUGACUGGAGUUUCUUGGGGAACAUUUUAGAAGAGGUGAAUGAACAAUCCACAGUCAUUGGGAGAGUCUGGCUGACUGUCCUCUUCAUUUUUCGGAUCCUAAUCCUUGGGACUGCUGCAGAAUUUGUAUGGGGAGAUGAACAGUCAGAUUUUGUGUGCAACACCCAGCAGCCAGGUUGUGAAAAUGUGUGCUAUGACGAGGCCUUCCCCAUCUCCCACAUCCGACUGUGGGUCCUGCAGAUCAUCUUUGUCUCCACUCCCUCGCUGGUUUAUUUGGGCCAUGCUGCACAUCAUGUAAGGAUGGAAGAGAAAAGGAAAGAGAGGGAAGAAGCAGAGAGAGCUCAGCAAGCUGCGGCACACGAAGAAAACCCACCCCUUGAUCCAGACCGGAAGAGCCCUAUAACCACGAGAGAAGCAAGCUCCAAGGGGACCAGGAAGUUCCAUCUCGAGGGAACGCUUUUGAGAACCUAUAUUUGCCACAUCUUUUUCAAAACCCUUUUUGAGGUGGGGUUCAUAGUGGGCCAGUACUUCUUAUAUGGUUUCCGAAUUCUUCCGCUUUACCGCUGUGGCAGAUGGCCUUGCCCCAACCUCGUGGACUGUUUUGUGUCCAGGCCUACCGAAAAGACUGUUUUCAUUGUGUUUAUGCUGGCUGUGGCAUCAGUCUCUCUCUUCCUUAAUCUUGUGGAGAUCAGCCACUUAGGCUUUAAGAAGAUCCUGGGUGCUUUCAGGAGGCCAGUGGAGCAAGAGCCUCAGGAGACCCCAGAGAAACCCCUUCAUUCUAUCGCAGUUUCAUCUAUCCAGAAGGUCAAAGGCUACAAGUUGCUGGAGGAAGAGGAGAAGUCGACAUUCCACUAUUUCCCUUUGACUGAAGUGGGAGUAGAAACCACCCCAGUUCCCCCCUCAUUCAACGACUUUGAGGAGAAGAUCAGCAUGGAACGCCUGAAAGACCUUUCCAGGGCCUUGGGGGAGCACCUGCCUUCCUACACUCAUGCAGAUGAACAGGAGGAGGAGAAAGUUGAAGCAGGAGAGGAGCCGGAACAGGAAGUGGCUGAGGCGGCGGCCCAGGAACAGAGGGUGGAAUUGGUGACUGAGGAAGCCCCAGAGAAAGGAGAAGAUGACAAGCAUAUGGAGGAGGAACAAGAGCCAGAGCCGCCGGGAGACGACUUGCCUUUACCAUCCGCUGAUCUUACAGCUGACACAAGACCCCUCAGCAGGUUAAGCAAAGCCAGUAGUCGUGCCAGGUCAGAUGAUCUGACUGUAUGA